CCGUACGAAUGUUGCAGGAGAGAGACGUGUCUUCUAGAGACUGAUGAUGUUCUUUUUGUCGUAGAGAAAAUUGAACUAUUUUCUCUAUGUUAUAGUUUUAGCUGAUUUAAUUAUCUCCUGUUGUUUUGAUGUCUUUCUUUUUGAUUCCUACUGUGGCAGUCUGCUAGCUAUACAGCUGGAUGAUUACAUUCUCCUCGAGUGAAGCAUUAAGCCUUCUAUUGUGAAGUGAUUGUGUACGCUGUUUUGAAUCUGUAUGGUAUUGUUAUUGCCACUCGUCUAAAUCAAGUCACGGAGCGGGGGCUGGUCAUCAUAAGUCUAACAACUACAUAGGCCUAUAAGCUUUCCUCACUGUUUUUUGGAGGAAUUUGGACGUGAAAUAACCGUCGUAACUUGCAAUACAAACGGAAUAAUAAGGGGAUCUGCAUGACAGUUGAAGCUGCCGCAUAAUGAAAGGAAUAAUAAUUACCGCAUUGGUACUUGUCUCCUUAUGUGCUCAGAAUAAUGGACAAGUUCACCAGGCUAAUAUGUGUAUUUGGUACGAUGAAUGUGAAAACGGGCCCUGUUUGAAUUAUGCCCCUCCACAACCACUAACAAACCAACAAGCAUUAUUUCUACUCUAUGACCUCUGCCCUAAUUUAGCCGCACCUCCUGGUCUACCCCCUAUUGUGUGUUGUAGCCCGACUCAGUUAACAAAUAUGGCCGCCACAGUAGCAUUUGCCCAGCAAACCCUACGUCGCUGCCCAGCCUGUCUGAAAAACUAUUUGAACCACUUCUGCCAGAUAACUUGUAGUCCACACCAGAGCCAGUUUUUGAAUGUAACAUCCACAACGGUAACAUCCCCGACGGAAACAUCUGUCACUGGCGUCGAUCUGUUCUUGACAUUAGACUAUGCCAGCGGAGUUCACAAGUCAUGCAAAAACGUGUUAUACCCAAGCAUCAAUGACAUCAAAGUAUUUGACCUAAUGUGUCCUGGAUUCCCAGGCGACAAAUGCUCCCCAGUAGUUUGGUUCAAUGUUUUACAGGGGACAGCACCAACUUCGUACGCAAUCAAUUACAAUUUUGUACACGCAAAUCAAAAUUUUUCAGAUGGUAUUGUUCCACUGUCGAGUACACCACUCGCUUGCGAGAAUCCGGCUGGAAGUGACCCGGCAUGCAGUUGUGAGGAUUGUCCGGCUGCGUGCGAUGCGCAAUAUAUUCCAGAGGCGACUGAUGAGCCGUUUAUGAUCGGGGAAGUGGAUGGUGUGAUUCUUAUUCUGGCGAUUGUGUUUUUCGUGUUCCUGGUCAUACUUAUGGUGUUUAUACUUUGCAUAGCUUUCUGUAAGAAACGGAGAUCAAACGAAACCGAAGAUGAGAUAGAUGCAAACUGCUGUGACUCUUGCAGCAAAAUAUUUAACGAUACAUUAAGUGGAUGGUUUGAAAAGUGGGGUACGAUGGUCGCUAAGCAUCCAUUUAUUGUCCUUUUGGUCGCCGGUAUCGUGGUUGCCGGAUGUUCUUGUGGAAUAAUAUAUACAGAAAUAGUGACAGAUCCUGUGCUGCUUUGGUCAAACCCAGACGGUCAGACAAGGAAGAAUCAAGAGUAUUUUCAAGACACAUUCGGGUCUCCGCCGGUCACUGAACAGUUGUUCAUAACGCCACUUAAUAAUAAUAACACGAUUUAUAAUUCUUACGCAAAUGGGCCUGUUGAAUUUACAGCACUAUUUAACCUGGAAAUAUUUGAGGAGAUAUUAUCUCUGCAGAACCAAAUAAAACAAAUCGAAGUUCCAUUUACUCUUUCUAAUGGUACAAAAACAACGAUUACAUAUCAAGACGUGUGCUACCAACCCUUGGCGCCUCUCUCCGAUGAAUGUUUGACGAUCAGCGUUCUUCAGUAUUGGCAGAAUAACCUCGACAGAAUGAAAGUAAAGACUCCCGUAGCAGACUAUCGAGAUCAUUUCCUGUAUUGCGCCAAUUCGCCAUUGGCUAUUCAAUCCAUUCCUCUAGGCAUUCCCUGCAGUAGCUCAGUUGGCUUUCCAACGUUUCCGUACACUUCCCUCGGAGGCUACGACACUGUUGAUGGCGUAGAUGUUUACAAUAGUGCCGAGGCUUUUCCUAUGGUGCUUUUUGUGAGAAAUGAACCGGACGACAAUGAAUUCUCAGAUAUGAAGAUAGCAUGGGAAGAAGCAUUCAUUGAGUACAUGGAGACGACAUACACAAGUUCGUUGAUAAGGGUUACCUACUACUCAGAUUUUUCACUUGAGGAUGAAAUUAAGAAAGAUAGCGAGGCCGAUACGUUAACAAUUGUCAUCAGUUACUGUGCGGUAUUUGUAUACAUUGUAUUGGCGCUCGGGCAGUACAACAAGUGUGCGCGUCUCCUGGUUGAUUCGAAAAUUACGCUAGGCGUAUGUGGUAUUGUGAUUAUCCUACUUUCCAUUACGUCGGCUGCGGGUGUGUAUGGUUAUGCUGAUAUUAAACCCAGCCUAAUUGUUUUGGAAGUUGUGCCUUUUAUUAUCCUCGCUGUUGGAGCAGACAACAUGUUCAUCCUUGUCAAGGAUUAUCAGUUGGAUGUUCGCCGGGCUGGUGAAACACGUGAGGAGCAAAUCGGACGCACUAUAGGACGAGUUGGUCCCAGCAUCUUCAUGUGUGGCUUGUCCGAAUCUUUCGCUUUCUUUGUUGGCGCGUAUAUUAGGAUUGACGGUAUUUAUACGUUUGCACUAUAUGCUGGUCUCGCUGUUCUCUUUGAUUUUGCUCUGCAAAUGUCAGCCUUCGUCGCUGUGCUAUCUUUGGACGCCUGGCGACAAGAUGCAGGGAAAAUUGAGCCAUGUUGUUGCUGUGGUUGCAGUCACGAAGAGGCAUCACAUGAACUGGGAUAUUUCCAAUAUUUUAUGAAGGAAUAUUAUGCUCCUGUCAUUGUAAACAAAUGGGUCCGCCCUAUUAUUGUGAUCGUAUUCGUCGCUGCUACGUGUGUUAGUGUUUAUCUUCUCACUAUGUUGACUGUCGUGCUGGACCGUUCAGGCGUUCUCGCUGACGAAUCGUAUGCAACAGCUUUUGUAAAAGAUUACCAAAGGUACGGUCAAAUCGGAUUCCCUGUGUACUUUGUAGUAACUGGGGACUACAACUUUUCAUCGGAAGAAGCGCAGAACAUGCUUUGUGGAGGUGCAGGUUGCAGUCCUAUGUCACUAUCUCAGCAAAUAGCGAUAGCCGCUCAAGAUUCACAAAGUAGCUUGAUCGCCUUCCCAGCAACAUCCUGGAUAGAUGAUUAUUAUGAUUGGUUGGGACCAUAUAUUGGAAGUUGUUGUAAAUUUCACAGCGUUAAUACAAGCAAUGCAAUGGCAGGCGACAUUUGCCCAUCGUUAGAUCCUGCAUAUCUACAAACAUGUGGAGACUUCUGUAUUCCAUUUAGUAUACCACCUGCUGUUCAAGAAAGCCGGCCGACAGGUCAAGACUUUUUAAAAUAUUUGCCGAAUUUCUUAAUGGACCCGGCAGGGAUGUUUUGUAGCAAAGGGGGGGCGUCUUAUAGGGGAGCAGUGGCAUUUAAUGAAGAUGGCACGAUAAAAGCGUCUUACUUUUCAACAUACCAUUUAAAAGCGAACACGGGAUUGGACGAAAUCGCCACAUUAGAAAAUGGACUGAGAAUAGCACAGGCGGCAGAAGAUGCAAUCAAGAAAAACAUUUCCAAUCUUGGCGAUGACUUCAGGGUGUUUGCAUACAGUUCACAAUACGUUUUCUAUGAGCAGUUCCUGGAUCUGGUUGAAGAGGCUUACGUUAUACUACCGGUUAUCCUGGCGCCAAUAUUCAUUGUCACUUUACUCUUAAUGGCCUUCGACUUCACAUCAUCAAUAAUUGUGAUCGUCAACGUUGCCAUGAUCGUUGUUGACACCAUGGGUGUGAUGUAUAUUUUGGAUAUAUACUUUAACGCCAUUUCACUCGUCAACUUAAUGAUGGCAACUGGUAUUUCUGUUGAGUUUGUUUCUCAUAUCGCACGGACAUUCCGCUUAAGUACGUUACCAACCAGAAAACUACGUGCACAGUUUGCGCUAGCUACGACGGGAAGUUCAAUUUUCAGUGGCGUGGCCCUUACCAACCUUCCCGGUAUAAUCGUUCUUAAUUUCGCCUCAUCUAAAGUAUUCCAAGUGUACUACUUUCAGAUGUUCCUAGCCAUUACUUUAAUAGGCACUCUUCAUGGCUUGGUAUUUCUUCCAGCCCUUUUGGCAUAUAUAGGUCCAUCGUUGAACAGGGCAGAGGCUGAAGCGGCCAGAAAUGAUGGAAGUGUUGUCGGAACGGUCCAGAUGAAGAAAAUCGGUUCAGUUAAUGGUUAUGACAACAGAGCUGUUGUACCUUAAAUAAUGCUCCACAGCCAUUGCUUCCAGAAUGUCGAAGUCAGGCACAUAAAGCAUAUUAGAGAAGAAGACGUGUUGAGAGAGGCCUGCCUCAUUUCUUGCAUUGUUUCUGAAUUACAUGAUUUUGUAGAACUGUUUUAAUCGAGAAUAAAAUAAGCUCAAUAGAUGUAAACUUAUUGCGAGCUUUAGUUUCUUCGAUUUAUCGAUUAAAAUAGUAUAGAAUAUAAUAAGCAAACCAGAUUCGAAUAUGUAAGAUUUUGGUCUAGGUUUUCAGUGUGAAUUUGAGGUCAGAAUUGGCCAAUAGGGACUAUUAAAUUUUGAUAGUUUAUUUUGUUGUUAUAAGGUGUACACCUCUUGCCUUUUAUUAUUUCUUUUGUAUUAUUGGUUAAUGUUAAUUUGUAUUGAAUCAUAAUAAUAUCUGAAAUACGUUUUUAUUAGCCUAGCAUUAAAUAAACGUAAAUUUAAGUAAAGCAAAUAGAUAUAGAGUAUUAUAAUUUAUAGACGUACGGUACUCAUUGUCAAUGUCAUCGUAUUUGACGUAUUUACAGAUUUGUUUCCAUCGGGAUUUGAACCCAAGAUAUUCUGACUACUGCUUGUUUCCGUUAAAUGAGGCAUAAUAAGGGUCAGGUCAAACAUUCUUGAGUUGUUCAAUGAUGGGAACGUUUUGAAAUGACCUCGGAGUGAAAUAUUAAAUGUAGAUAUUCAUUUUGUUACAGGUUGUCAGAUUAUAUAUACGGUAGAAUUAGACACUUAUUUUUUUUUCGAAUUAAUAUGAUCAGUAUACAGGACUUGAGAUUAUCUCAUCAUUUUACAAUUAAAUAAAAAUAACUGUACUAUGAUAUUAAAACAAAUACCCGAACAGAAAAAUUUUGUAUAUUAUUAAUAAAAAAAAAAAAACUUUCAAAGUA